GCCGAGCUGAUUUGAUCGAGGAGCGCGGUUACCGGACGGGCUGGGUCUAUGGUCGCUCCGUGGGCCGCUCCGCCGGCUGGUGCUUUUUUAUCAGGGCAAGCUGUGUUCCAUGGCAGGGAACUUUUGGCAGAGCUCCCACUAUUUGCAAUGGAUUUUGGAUAAACAAGAUCUGUUGAAGGAGCGCCAAAAGGAUUUAAAGUUUCUCUCGGAAGAAGAAUAUUGGAAGUUACAAAUAUUUUUUACAAAUGUUAUCCAGGCAUUAGGUGAACAUCUUAAAUUAAGACAACAAGUUAUUGCCACUGCUACAGUAUAUUUCAAGAGAUUCUAUGCCAGGUAUUCUCUGAAAAGUAUAGAUCCUGUAUUAAUGGCUCCUACAUGUGUGUUUUUGGCAUCCAAAGUAGAGGAAUUUGGAGUAGUUUCAAAUACAAGAUUGACUGCUGCUGCUACUUCUGUAUUAAAAACUAGAUUUUCAUAUGCCUUUCCAAAGGAAUUUCCUUAUAGGAUGAAUCAUAUAUUAGAAUGUGAAUUCUAUCUGUUAGAACUAAUGGAUUGUUGCUUGAUAGUGUAUCAUCCUUAUAGACCUUUGCUCCAGUAUGUGCAGGACAUGGGCCAAGAAGACAUGUUGCUUCCCCUUGCAUGGAGGAUAGUGAAUGAUACCUACAGAACGGAUCUUUGCCUACUGUAUCCUCCUUUCAUGAUAGCUUUAGCUUGCCUACAUGUAGCCUGUGUUGUACAGCAGAAAGAUGCCAGGCAAUGGUUUGCUGAGCUUUCUGUGGAUAUGGAGAAGAUUUUGGAAAUAAUCAGGGUUAUUUUAAAACUAUAUGAGCAGUGGAAGAAUUUCGAUGAAAGAAAAGAGAUGGCAACUAUACUUAGUAAGAUGCCAAAACCAAAACCACCUCCAAACAGAAAUUCCCUGAGUGAUUCUCCACUAGUGGCAGGGCCUGAAGCUGCAAGAUGAUGGUGGACAAGAUAAGGCAAUAAUCCUAUUGCCACAGUUACUGUGAAGGAGAGCAGGGUCCAAAUGGAAGUCAGAACUCUAGCUACAGCCAAUCUUAAAACAUUCCGAAGAAUUCCGUAGUGGACUGCUUGGAAAUAAACCAUUGGACAGAUUUCAGUAAUGUCUUCAGUGGAACACAAAUGAAAAUGAAUAGCUUGUUUCUGUCAAGCAUAUUGGAAAGUGAUUUUAUUUUUGCAAAAUAAGUUUUUCUUUAAUAUGAUUCUAGUACAUAAUUGAUUAAAAUCUCUUGAUUAUAAAUGUUUGGAAAGGUUCUAAGGGGACCUACAGACAGACAUACAUAGACAUUUCAAAAUUAAUAGCUUUUGAUUAGUAUAAUAUUUCUUAAUUUGGAUAAUAGAAAUUGUAGCUUUUAAUUAAGAAGGAAACAUGAAGCAUAAUUUGUUUAAAAUUCUCUUUGGUCAUUGAGGGACCAAAAAAGGACGUAAAAUUUACAGUCAGUAUAUGAGGGGUUUUUUCCCCCUCCGUAAGUUUAACUUUAAAAUUGUAUUUAAGGAAUCAAAUCUUACAAAAUCCUGGAAGAUUUUGGUAACGAUGUUGAUAAUUUCAGGGAAAUUAAUCAAGUACCUAUAUUGAUUUAAAAGUGUAUUUUAUUCAAUAGUUUGAGGAUCUUGCCAUGGAAGAUACUAGCCCAGCCUAGCAGAAAAGUGCAAUAUGUAUAGCAUACUUUGACAUUUUAAAAGCUGUAUUCCAUAACCAUUUUGAAAUGCUGGGCAAACUACAUGAAGUUAUUUAUAAUUCACAGCUAAUCAGGCAUUUUGAAAGCUUAAUUGGAUUAAAAAACCAUAAUGUCGGAAUUUGAUAAAAUUUUAAUGUUGAUUUUUACUGUGAAAAGUUUUUUAUAAGAUAAACACACCCUAGUUUAAUUCUGUGUCUUGGUGUGGAUUUACAAAUUUGCUAUAGGUAUUCUGAGCCAGGAACACAAUCAGGUUUCAGGCCAGUUUGAUACUGGCUGUCCUUAAUUCUAAUAUGAGGGUAGGACAUCAUACUAAAUGUUACGUCAGUGGGACAUACUGUCAGUGGGACGUACUGUCUGUGGAACUUAGCAAAUUAAUAUUUUCUUCAGACUUGAAGGAGAGUGAUGAAUAAAAUUUGGAGUCAUAGGAUAUUGAUGUACAAUUGAAGGAUUAAACAUUUUAAUCAAUUGUGGACAAUGGCUUAUUAAAUUAAAUGUUGACUUCCUAGUAUAAAACUGCAAGAAUAAAAGUAAGUUCUCCAGCUUUA